CGCAGUAAUUCUCGCGCACUAGGAUUAGACACAAUCACGUAACCGGAGCUGGUAAAUCCCGCGUUUCAUAAAAAAAUUGUAUCUUUUUUGUGUUUUUACUAAACAUUGGAGAAUAUGGCAAAUAGUCUGGACUACACAGUGGAUAUGAUGUACGAAGAGAGUGAACCGGAAUCAACACCCAUAAAGGACUAUUUCAGGGGAAAAACCGUUUUGCUGACUGGGGGGACCGGGUUUCUAGGAUUAUUAUACGUAGAGAAAUUGCUGAGGGUUGGUGUCAGGAGCUUGUAUUUGGUGAUAAGAAACAAGAAGGGAAAAUCGCCUCAAGAACGUGUUCAGGAGUUGUAUUCUGGACGGUUAUUCAACAGAGUCGCAAAGCUUGACGCAAACUAUCUUCAGCGAAUCAAAUUAGUUGAGGGCGAUAUGAACCAGGAACAAUUCGGAAUAUCUAAUGAGGAUUUGGUGGAUAUAUACAAAAAUGUUCAAAUGGUUAUUCAUGCCGCUGCCGAUGUUCGUUUCGACCAGGCGUUGCCGAAUUUAAUACUAACCAACGUAAGAGGUACAAAAGAAAUUUUGAAAAUUUCUGAAAAUAUAGAAAAUCUUGAGGUCUUUGCCUACAUAUCAACAGCUUAUAGCCACGCCCCUCGGUGUAACAUUGACGAGAAAUUUUACGAACCAGCCAUUGAUCCUAACGUGAUCAUUCAUAUUGUUGAAAACCAGGGAGAGUCUGAUGAUUUUAUAAUACUUCAAGAUCGAAUCUCUCAUCCUUGGCCCAACAAUUAUGUGUACUCCAAAUCGUUGUCCGAGGAACUGGUGCGUCGAUGGAAGUGGCAUAUACCGGUCUGUGUAAUUCGUCCAACAAUUGUGAUUUCUACCCACGAGGAUCCACUCCCAGGAUGGGGCGGCAACUUAUAUGGACUCAAUGGAGUUAGCAUUUCAGUUGGCUCCGGAGCUAUGCGUCUGCUCCACAUUAAUAAACGUUUGGUGGGGGAUAUUAUUUGUGCAGAUUAUGUGAUUAAUUCCACACUUGUGGCGAUGUGGGCAACAUAUGAAGAUUUUGCUGUUGAUAUGGAAUUGGGAAAACCGGUGGUUCAAAGAGAUCCAGAAGUUUUCCAUGUUUCAAGUUGCCUCGAUAGCCCGGUAACCUGGGAUGAGGUUAGAUACCAUCUAGUUAAGGCUUUUGCAGACUAUCCAUCCAAGCAAAUGAUAUGGAAACACAGUUUGACUAUGACUGCUUGCCCAAUUAUGUUCAGGAUCUACGUCCUCUACUAUCAUGUGAUCCCAGCGUAUAUUUUUGAUAUCUUCUUGCGCUUCACGGACACAAAUUUAAGGAUGGUACCCAUGACCAGAAAAGCCCAUCGAUUCUUAGUUGCAAUUAGUUACUUCAUGCAGAGGGAAUGGAAAUUCACCAACCAUAAUAUGCGUCGGGUGCUUACAAGAAUGACCAAAUCGGAUCAGGAUUACUUUCCAAGCGAUAUCCGGCGGUGGAAAUGGAGUGAUUUCGUUUAUGAUUAUAUGCAUGGCCUCAAGUAUACUGUAUUGUCGGAAACUCCAAACAGUGCUGCAGAAGGUCGGAAGAAAUAUAGGAAGUUACUCGCACUGCACGUUAUAGUCUUAAUUUUCUUCUAUGGAAUUCACGCUUAUCUUUUAUAUACAAUCCUGAAAUUCUAUGGAUUCUUCAACUACGUCGAGAACCAAGCGAUACAUAUACUUGACUUUAUGACAAAUUAAUUCAAUAAGUUCAUUUGCAAAUGAGAAAAAUAAAAAUUGCGUUGAUGUAAA